GCGUACGAGCCGGCGCUCCCCCGCGCCGAGGCACGCGCGAACCUGAGCUCGUUCCAGCGCAGCUCCCUCCUGGCGCAGGUCCUGGCGUCGGCCGGCGGCGCGCUGGACGAGGCCGAGAUCUCGCGCCGCACGAAGGCGUGGCUCGAGCACGAGGGCAGCGCCAGCAGCGACCUGUCGGACCGCGCGACACGGGCCAAGGCCAUCGAGCAUGCCGUGCAGCGCGGGCUCGUGCAGGCGAUCAAGGUGCCGCGCAGCGACGACCUGCAGCGCCCCCGCACGGUCGUGCACCUGACGUCGCUGCCGCCCGAGCAGCUCGCCGCGGCCGUGCGGCGCGCGCUCGACGCGCCCGACGCGCGCGGGAGCACCGCAUGGGGCGACGUGUCCGCCGAGCACGCGGGCCUCGCCGGCCCGGCCCUGCCGGCCGUCGCGCCCUGGUCCGUCUCGACGCCGGUCGCGUACGGCCACGACGACCCGCUCGACGACCCGGCGACGCAGCACGCGUUCGCGAAGCACUCGCUGCUGCUGCGCCAGUACUACGGGUUCGCGCACGGCGCCGCCGCGCGACUCGCGCUCUUCCACGGCGCGGCGUGGGACGCGGCCGGCGCGGACGCGCCGCGCGUGAUCUCGCUCGAUUGGUUCGUGACACAGUGCCCCCUGCGCACGUUUGUCGCGCUGGUCCCGGUGCGCCUGCGCUCGGCGCCGGUGGUGCGCGCCGUGACACAGGCGGGCGCGUCCGUGCGUGUCCAGGACGUCCCCGCGCACGUCGCCAAGCCGCUGGGGCUCCUGCGCAAGAGCGCGCACCGCGCGCGCCUCGCCACGUACGUCGCGCAGCUCGUCGAGCUCGGCCUCGCGACGCGCGACGCGCCGCCACAGCUCGUGGCGGCGGCGCGCGUCGUG